UUGUGAAAAAUUGAAAUCAAUCUUCACGGGAGGAAGAAAAAAUGGAGUGUAUCAAAAUGACAGUAACUCGAAAAUUUAGACAAAACAUUUUUUGCAUUUUCAAAUAGUUUGGCUUUAAAAUAAACAAAAUUUUCUUUUAUUAUAACUCAACAAUAUUGUUUCAUAAUGUUUUAUAAACAACAUUGAUGUCAACCAGUCGGGAAAUUUCAUCCGAAAAUGAAAAUCAAUCGAGUGACGUAGCGACCAACCGUGACUAUGAGGAUUCUCCACUUGAUUCUAAAAUCGAAAUCAACAAGCCGGAGGAAGAGAAUAAACGGAAGCUCACUUCGAUGCUAAAAGAAUACGAAUGGGACAAGAAAGACGAAUCUCAGGAAAAAGAGGCGCAUUGCCAGAAGGAUGUAGAAAGUGAAAACAGUUCAAAUAAUGUUGGAGACAUAUGUCGAAUAUGUCAUAUGGGAAAUUUUCCACCUUUACGUGUAAAUCGUACUUUAUGGGAAAGAAGAACUCAUCGUAAUCGUCAAAUCGAUAUUCAAGCAUCAAGUGGAUCAAAUUUUGCUUACUUGGGGCCAUUGAUUUCAGCUUGCAAAUGUCGGGGAACUGUUGGAUUGGUUCACGUAGAGUGCCUUGAGCGAUGGCUGACAGAAUCGGGUCACAUCAGGUGCGAAUUAUGCGGUCACAAAUUUUCAACAAAAAGAGUUCCACGACACAGUAUCUACCAGAGUAUUGUCAUUUGGUUCAAAACUGUUUUUGCAACUCGUCAGAUGAUGGUGGAUAUUCUCUAUCUUGCCGCUACUACACCAUUGGCCCUAUUUUCAAUCUACGUGUGUGCUCUUGCUCUAAAAUUGUUAGUAAAAAGGGGAAUUUACGAAGUGCCAUGGAUGGUGAUAGCAAUGCUACCAACAUGCUCAUUGACAUUGGUGGCUUACUGGGGAUGGCUCAUAACACUUGGAAGGUACAUCGCCAGAUUUCACAGUAGACGGUGGCAAACAUUUUGGCGGCAUAAUUUUAUCGUGAGAUUGAUACCCGAAAAUGUCAAUGAAUUAACGAGAGGUGUAACGAGAGAUGAUUUGCCCGAUAAUGCAGAAGAAAUGGAAUUGGACCAGUGGCAAGAGGAGGAUGUUAAUAUUUUUUUGAACGUAAAUUAACGUCAUAUAAAGUGAGAUAGACAUCUUUUGCCGUGAAUAUUUGCGUAUACUGGACUGGACUCACCAUUUGCAAAGUUAUAUACACACAACACAGCGACUCGUUUGAUUGCAUUUCAUUAAAUUUACCCUUCCUUAAUCAUCUCGUUAAUUAAAGACCAUCGCUCGUGUACAGGAAAUAAUUUACGGAUGCGCAAAGAUGCUUUAACGUGUAAUACUGAUUGGCCAUAAAAAAAUACUAUGCAAAAAUUAUUCUCCCCCCCAAAAAAAUCAAGAAUAAAUAUACUUAUUUUCAAAAGAAAAUAUGUUGAUUUUAAAAAUUUGUUAUUUAUCACUUACUUAACUAAUUUAUAGUAACUUAAAUACAUGUACAUUUUUUAAAUC